AUGGAGUUGGGGGAUUAUGAACAGCCAGUUGUUAUGAGAGAGGAAAACAAACGAAGGAGAAGAAGAAUGAAACCUCACUGUACAUCAAGUACUUUGUCGUCAAUGGAACUGAUAUCCAUUGAAUUCAUUUUACCUACAAGCAAUAAACAUACUAAAGUACCAGAAAUGAUGUUACUCGAAAUAGCUGGCAACUGUACGGUUGAGCAAAUGAAAGCACAGAUUUGGAUGCGUGCAAUAGAGAUGAGUCAAACCACAGACUUCUACCACACAUUCACCCCGGAUCAAUUUAUUCUGCAGUAUCAGAAGAAGGGGCAAUGGUAUGAAAUUUAUGAUAAACAUCAAGUAUUACAGACGUUGGACUGCAUACUGUACUGGAAAGUGUUACAGAAAAAGGUAGGCAAGAUCUAUGUUGUCCAGAAACAAAAGCCAUCAGAAGAAGUUCAGGAAUUUCAGCGGCAGCUUAACAAUUUAAUUGGCUAUGAUGUCACUGAUGUAAGCAACGUGCAUGAUGAUGAGCUAGAAUUUACCCGUCGCAGAUUAGUUACUCCACGAAUGAUAGAAGUAGCCUGUAGAGAUCCUAAAUUGUAUGCAAUGCACCCAUGGACUACAUCUAAGCCACUUCCGGAAUAUUUAUUUAAAAAGAUCACUAAUAAUAACAUUUUCAUAAUCAUACAUAGAGGAACAACUAGCCAGAAAAUUAAAGUGUCAAUAGAUGACACUCCAGAUGUGAUUCUCCACAGCUUUUUCACAAAAAUGGCAAAGAAAAAGUCUUUGAUGGACAUUCCUGAAGAUCAUAGUGAACUGGAUUUUGUUCUCAGGAUUUGUGGCAGAGAUGAGUACAUUACUGGAGAGACACCAAUCAAAGAUUUUCACUGGAUAAGACAGUGCCUUAAGAAUGGGGAAGAAAUCCACCUUGUCUUAGACAAUCCCCCUGACCCAAAUGAGGAUGAGGUUCAGAAGGAAGAGUGGCCCUUGGUGGAUGACUGUACAGGAGUUACAGGGUAUCAUGAACAGUUGACAAUAGAUGGAAAAGAUCAUGAGAGAGUCUUCACUAUCUCUUUGUGGGAUUGUAAUAGGAAAUUUAGAGUGAAAAUAAUUGGCAUCGAUAUCCCAAUUUUACCAAGAAAUACUGAUCUCACUGUGUUUGUGGAGGCUAACAUUCAACACGGGCAACAGCUCCUGUCCCAGAGGAGGACUUCAUCGAAGCCUUUUACUGAGGAGGUUCUGUGGAAUAUUUGGUUGGAGUUUGAUAUCAAAAUCAAGGAUUUACCUAAAGGAGCACUCCUGAAUCUUCAGAUAUACUGUGGGAAAGCACAGGGACUGUCCACAAAGACGAACCUUCAGUCACAUGAAUCGCCCAACUCUGAUUCAAAAUGCAAAACUCAGCUUCUCUAUUACGUAAAUCUUCUGUUGAUAGAUCACCGUUUCCUGCUACGAAGUGGGGAGUAUGUGCUCCACAUGUGGAAAAUUCCAGGCAAGGGGGAAGAACAAGGAAGUAUCAAUGCAGACAAACUCACGUCAGCAACUAACCCGGAUAAAGAAAACUCAAUGGCCAUCUCUAUUGUGCUGGACAAAUAUUGUCACCCAAUUGCCUUGCCCAAGCACAGGAUAACAUCAGAUCCCCAAGGGGACAGGACACGAGCUGAAAUGCCCAACCAGCUUCGCAAGCAACUUGAAGAGAUCAUAGCAACUGACCCACUUAAUCCACUUUCUCCUGAAGACAAAGAACUGUUGUGGCACUUUAGAUAUGAAAGCAUAAAGCACCCCAAGGCGUAUCCUAAGCUGCUUAGCUCUGUGAAAUGGGGACAACAAGAAAUAGUGGCCAAAACAUACCAGUUGCUAGCUAAAAAGGAGGUUUGGGAUCAAAGCACUUUAGAUGUUGGACUCACAAUGCAACUUCUGGACUGUAACUUUUCGGAUGAAAAUGUCCGAGCAAUGGCAGUUCAAAAACUGGAAAGUUUAGAAGAUGAUGAUGUUCUUCAUUAUCUUUUACAGCUUGUGCAGGCUGUGAAAUUUGAGCCGUAUCAUGACAGUGCAUUAGCCAGAUUUCUGCUAAAACGGGGUUUGAGAAACAAAAGAAUCGGUCACUUCUUGUUUUGGUUCUUAAGAAGUGAGAUUGCCCAGUCCAUGCAUUACCAGCAGAGGUUUGCGGUCAUCCUAGAAGCCUAUCUUAGGGGCUGUGGAAAAGCAAUGCUACACGAUUUCAUGAAGCAGGUUCAAGUAAUUGAAUUGCUGCAUAAAGUCACAAUGGAGAUAAAAUCAGUUUCUGCAGAAAAGUAUGAUGUCACUUCUCAAGUUAUUGCACAGCUGAGACAAAAGCUUGAAAAACUGCAGAGCAGCAAACUUCCAGAAAGUUUCAGAGUUCCGUAUGAUCCUGGGCUAAGAGCAGGAGCCCUAGUGAUAGAAAAAUGUAAAGUAAUGGCAUCUAAGAAGAAACCCCUCUGGCUUGAGUUUAAAUGUGCAGAUCCAACAGCUUUAUCAAAUGAAACCAUAGGCAUAAUCUUCAAACAUGGAGAUGACCUCCGUCAGGACAUGCUUAUUUUACAGGUAUGA